UCCCCUUCACAAGGCAUUAUGCAUUCAAUACAAUUUAGCAGCCAUUGAGCAGACCUACCAACCUAUAACAACCUUAUUAUAUAUUUGCCUAUCGCUGUUAGAGAGAAGCUGCUCAAAGCACUUGUGCUCGCAUAUUGUAUCCAUAUUCUACUCUUGCUUCAUUUCCAGCUACCCAUCAAGAUAUACAGAUCUCCAUGAGUCAACCACGCGACAUAAACCAUGCUUUUAAAGGCACCCGUUUUCCUUGGACCCCAGAGAGAAUGGAGUUCAUCCUCAACGAACUCAUCACACGGCACAACAAGUACAAGACCUAUGCUAAACUCAUAGAUGUUUACAUCAUAUUGGCAGAGAAGAUAGGAGCCACACCUAGGAUAGUGGAGAACUUCAUCAAGAACUUGGGCCGGGAUUACCGAGAAUGGAUGAAGGUGCAUCCAAAUUGCGAUCGCAAUAAGAUGAAGCUCCGCGGAUCCAACAACGUCUUCAAGAUGUUUGAGGAGUACAACAGGAUUUAUCUUAAUGAGGAUCCACCAAAUUUCCCUCUGCCUAAGUUAAUGGAGUACUCCUUGGAUGAACAAGACAGGCUGGUCCACAUACCUGAAGGGGAGGAUGAAGAUGACGACAGCCCUCAGUAUAUAGAGGUCAUUGAUGCGGACAUGAAGGAAGAGCCUGGGGAUCAGGAAGAAGAAGACUCCCUUCAGAUAACAUCGGUGAUGAGUAUGUCAUCUCAAGCUAGAUGUACUGGCAAUACUAACAGUGAUCCACCAUCUCCAACUCCGCCACCGCCCCCACUGCCCAGGGUUCCAAAGCCACAAGGGCGACGAUCUAUGGUAACCAUACAGGCACCGCCUUCAGCUUCCGCCUUAAGGCAACAUGAACCAGUAGGCCUUCAGGAUGUUGUAAUGAUACCAACUGACAGGGCCCACGCUCCCCAGCUGAAGCAUGUCACUCCUCGAUCAUCUGGCCCUUCAAGCACUACUCAUGGCCAUGUCCAGUCUCCUGUUGCCACUAAUGUACAUGCUUCGGUAGCAAACCAAGGACUACUAUCUACCAUCUCCUCGCUUCCUUCUCUAGUACAGCAUCCACAGUUUCAUCUUCCACAAGGAUCAGCUUCAUCUCCAGGUGUUGGUUCCCACUAUAUCCCUCUUCACGUCAUACAAAAUGGGUCCACCCCUCAUGCGACGUACACGGAAGCGUCCGUCCCCUACGAAGGGAUGCCAAGCUCCAAUCCCGGGACAUCGCACAAGCGCCCGAUGAAGACUCCUCACGAUGCCCCACAGCAUUCCUCCAAGAAGAGCCGUACAAGCAACGUGCCACUUGUAGCAGAGAACUUGCCAGAGGGUAUGAGUGAAUUUGAGAACCGUUAUUUACAGGCUUUAGACACACAGAAUAAGAUGCUCUCAGAUAUCGGUCGUGAACUGAAGCUUCUUAGGACUGGGUUCUUUGCUAUUCACUCAGAUGAAAUAGCUGACAUGGUGAAUCCAAACAUGCGUUAGGAGUCGCCACAAAAGAUGUCAAUAUCUUGUUUUGUAAAAACUGUGAAAAGAUUAUUAUUUUAUUUCUUUCAUUCUGAAUUGGUAAAUGUACAUGUGAACAUUUUAAGAAUUUUGGAGAAAAUAUUAAGAGAUACAUUUCCACAAGUUUACCAUUAUCAAUUUCUGAAAAUAAAUGUACAGAUCUUUCUGCACCCAACAAUAAUUUAAACAAAGUCAAAUUAAAAACCAUGUGUCCAGGUACUCCAGGAAGCAUUAAAGUGCACAAAUCACCCAGAAAUACAUUUAUUUUGCUCUAACAGUAUAUUAAUGGUUUCAUGUUGCUACCGGUAUACAGUAUGUAUUAUUCAAAAUAUGACUUUCAAAUGUUACUUUUAAAGGAGAUAUUGCAAACUUGAAUACACUCUCACUCUCAACUUGUGAGUAGACUGCCAAAGCAUGAGUACACUGUAUGUACAUGAACAUGCUCGCACAGAAUCAAGUUUAACUUAGGUUUCAUGCGCGAGAUUUGUAUGUUUAUAUUUAUUUUCUUCAUGUACUCCUUACCAGUUAACCCUUUGAAUGCAAUGUAAAGUUUUUGACAAUGAGUUCAAACUAUCAAGCGAUUGGUACACGAUUGGUAUGUUGCAUACUGUACAUGCACAUGUAACUUAGUUAAGAUAAUCCUUUUUUCUUUUAGUUCAUUAAAAAUGAGUGGACUGACUUUCUCUUAAAAUUUGUGCAUACAUGUACAGUGUACACUAAAGCUACUUACUGUAAAGGGCAAGU